AUGGCAGCUAUAUUGUCCCUUGUAGUCGCCUUUAUGUUGCUGGUGAGCCCACCCAGUACAGGUAACAAGAUGAACUUGUACGUGGAAGUGUUGAAGGAUCUCUCACGUUUAUUAAGAGGAGGAAAUACGGAAGGGAGAAUGGAAUCGAUCGCUGUCCAUGGGAGAGCUGGUAUCAAAAGUUCCCAAAGGAUCCAUGCUGUCAUCUCCAAACUGACUGGAAGUUUCAGAACCUUGAGCACUUUACGUCAAAGUAAUCUGCCUGCUUUCCUUACCAAACGUACGCUAGAUAGAAAGAGACUCUCUGCAUUUCUGUAUAACAUCUCGUUAUACUUGCAAAACAACGAUCUCCAAGAUCCAGCAGAUGAAAGCGUCAUGUUGAAUGGUCUUGACCCUGGCGAGCUGGAGGUUGACCCUCCACCCAGGGCCUUGCUGGAACUGAAAGACCUCUUCGUGUCAUUGAGGGCCAGCAGGGACCUGGACAGUCUCAUCGAGUUCCUGCAAAUUAUCUUGGAUUUUAUCACAGAGCAUCACCUUUUCAGUUGGCUUUUCCAAAGGCAGAACUGGGAGAGCCUCAUUGGUCUGAUUGAGACAGUUUUCCAAACAUUAUUAAAUGGAACUUAUGAACAAGCCAGUGCUGGCAUUCAGGAGCUAAUGUGUUCACUAAUGGGACAGGGUGACUGUGCGGUUGAAAUGGAGUGGCUCAAAAGUCUAGGCAAUUUACUUGACCUGACCAACUGGAAGCCAGUAGUCAACCUCCAGUCUCAUGGUCCACCACAGAGGAUUGAAAGAUUCCAACCAUGGAACAGGUUUCCAGAGACCGGGAGCAGUAAGACUCCUGGCCCACAAAGCUUAAACUCAGCACAGAGUGUCAACAGCAUGCACAGUCUCCUUCAGAUUCUUUCCAAGCCCAGUGGCAGGAGGAGUGGGUCAGAGGGGCUACUUUCAGCCAAUCAAUCACAAUCGAUGUGGAGUGAGGACGUCCUGUGGGAUGGCCUGGAAGAACUCAAAAAGAACAUUUUACAAAAUGUUGGGACAUCCGUUUACAAGAACUUUAAAAGGCAAGUGUCACGGAUGACAGGUUCUCUGGCACAGGAAGUCACGUCUGUUAUUGGAAUGCCUCGAGCAGACCAUGAUGGAAAAUGUUCUGUCGGAGAUCUAAGACAGCUUCUUUUAUGGGGGAUCAGAAAUAACAUCUCCUGGAAUAUUCCCAUACUGGGAUUCAGCUCUCAAGGAUUUUUGACCGAGACACCUUUUCUAGCCUGUAGCCGCCUGAGUGACAAAGUCCGAGACAUGCGAAGAAAUUCCCAUACGGUGUCCAAACGAUCUGGGGAAACUGUUAAAGGUGACCAUGACUUUCCUUACACCGGAACUUUGGAGGCUGCCUGUAACGACUCCAUGCCCAGACUCCCAGGGAUCUCCAACUUCACCAUCUAUCUCUACUGCAACCUCUUCAACCAGACCACAGCCGUAAGCCAGGCCCCACCCGACCUCCGGGCUGCCUGCUCAGAUGCUGCCUGGUACUUCUCCGCAGUUCAGGAAGAUCUUUACUGGGUUCAGGUCUGCCGCCAGUUUUACACCUCGGAGUUCAACUCCACCGUCUGCAGCAACGUCUCCCUGUUGAGCCGGCAAGACUUCAACCAGCUCUGUGCCAGGCUGCAGAGCGGGUCAAGGAAACAUGGCACCUAUGCCAGGAAUUGUGGCAGAUUGUCAACCAGAGUGAGUGUAAGCUCAGAGGAGAUCCAGGCCUGUCUGCUGGCCAAAGGUGCAGAUUAUAUCCACCGACUUUGUUUGAAUGAAACUUUCCUGACCAGUGUGGUUGGUGACAAGAGGCUGAUCAUGAAUCUUUGCAGACAGCGAAAUGGACUGAAAAUGGAAGCCAUCUCUUUAAUCAUGGGUGAUCAGAAUGGGACUGAUUUUGUCAACUACCUUUGCUCCCAGAUGAGAUUUUUGAAGAAUGUCAGUGUGGUUGAGCCCUGGAUUAUCCCAGUCUGUUCAUGGUUAACUACUAACUCUGAAGAAAUAAACAAUGUCAAUAGCGAAUGUCACUAUAUCUUUCAGAAUUCCAGUAUAGAAAAGGCUUUGAUUCAGGAGUGCAUCCUUCACCUGGGUGUUGAGUAUAUCAGGGAGCUCUGCUUCAACAGGACGUUCCUGAAGGAUCUGUCAGGAGCUGGUGCCUGGAGCAGCCUCGUCUGUGCGCACACCAUCAGGAGCUUAGAGGGCCUGCAGCUUUCAACCAGCAAGUGUUACCGAGGGUUUGAGGUUCCAAAUGCUACCAUCAGCGAUUUUCAGGAGUGCACCUUAAUGAGAGGCACAACUCUCAUCCACGAUAUCUGUGCCAACGGGACAUCUUUGAACGUUGAAUGGAACGUGCCCUGGUUGAAUCGUUUUUGCAAUCUUCUUGAUGAAUUGAGGAGAGCACUGAGUUCUUUAGCCGUUGAAAGCCUUCCAUUAAAAUGUGAUUACAAGACAUGGUCAUACAAGAUGUUGAUCAAUGGCAGCCUUCUAGCAAGUUGUAAAGCCCAGGACAGCGAAGGUUUAAAGCAAAUAAUUUGCCAGAAUGCCACUCUUUAUGACAUAAUGUCACAGCUGCACCCUUGGGUCAUAAAUUACUGUGUGGCCUCCAAAGAACCACAAGAUGAGGAGUGUUUUGUAGGCCACUGGCUCGACAAACUUCCAAUAGCCUUGAACCUCAACACAACUCAACUGUGUCAAAAUCCAACUGCUUUCCUGACUGACCUCCUCGAUCGUCUCAACCAAUGUGAUGACCAGGCCUUCAGCUGGAUUUCCAACGCCAACUAUAUUCUCCAAGUCUUCAACUACAUCCUGGACUUAUCCAGCCUCAAUCAUAGUGAGAAGGAAGUACAAGAGGUUUUGAGUGAGGCCAUUCUUCUCUCCAGCUUAAUGGACAAUGAUUCUUUCUGGGAAGCCUUCAAUCCCAAUGCUUCCAUCAGUAUUUUACAGACUGUUGACAGCUACUUAAAGGAAGAGACUGACAGAGCCCUUAAAAAUGACCUUCUCAACUGCUUCAGUCCAGUUCUCUGGACCAUGUUACAGAAUGAGGAGGAUUCACCAGCCCUGAGAGAUCUUUUUCAGGAAUAUCUGCUGAUGCCCCAGGAGAAUUUGCAGAAGAUUCUGAUGUCAGCCGAAAGUGAGAGCAUCAAGAAACUGCUCUCUCACAUGCACAGGGCCUGGCGCCAACUCCAGGUUUCUCAGAGCAAUCGACCUGCCCUGGAAACGUUCACUGCUGCCUUCCUGCAGAAGUUUCCCCGAGUGACCCCUGACCUCUUUGUGGACCUGUCACAGUUCCUUCCUUUCAUGAGUGUGUCGGAUAUUCAUGGUUUCCCGGAGUCACUCCUUCUGAACGACAGCGUGUUGGCGACUCUCAGGGAGCGCAGCUCGGAUAUGAGUGCCCGGCAGAAGAGGGCAUUUGCCAGGAGGCUGCUCAACACCAACCGCUUUGGGGCAGUCAGCUCUUGGACCCCAGGUUUCCUGAACUCCCUGCAGCCUCUACUGCCCUUCUUACCCAUCAGGCACUUCCAGCAACUGAGGCCCGAGCAGCUCCUGUCAAUGCUCGAUGGGUUUGGCAACAGCAGCUUGGACCCAGCUCACGGAAGGUACUCAAUCCGCACUCUCCUGAACUCUAGUUGGAACCUGACCGUGGGCAACAUCAGAAGACUUGGAAAGCUGAUAUGUUUCGCCAGUGAAGAGGAUCUCCAGCUGCUGCUGGCUGCCCCGUCUCUCUCAGACCACAUCACCUCGGCUCUUUUGGGAUGUGUCUCUGACCGGACAAUCGACACUGACGGACGGGUUGCCCUGCUUUUAGCAACUCACCUGUGGAGACAGAACGUGAGCACUGUGAGCCAGUGGGAUUUCCAGCAGCUCGGCAGCCUCCUGCCAGUGCUCAGGGUCAGCUUCCUGAGAACACUGCCAGCUCAUCAAAGGUCAAUCAUCAUCUCCAGCAUUGGGUCCGUGCCAUUCUCCAGAGCCCAGGUUCAUCAACUUGUGGCUGAGAUUAUCCAGAAUAUUAAUGUGACUGUGGAUAUAAUUUGCCAGUUUGCUCAUUUUCUGCCGGGCUUCAGUUCCUCGGUGCUGAGGAAUAUUUCAGCCUCGGUUGUAGCCAGUGCGUGUCCGUGUUUCACCCCAUUCCUGUCCCAGCUGACUGCCACUCAGAAAGCUGUCAUACUGGAAGCUGUGCGGACUGUGAACAGGGAUGCUGGGAGCAAGCUGGCCCAGUUUGGCUGUCUGGUUCCAUUUGUCCCAUUGAAAGACCUGGUGGUUGAUUCUGAAUCUUUCCUGAGAAACCUCAGCCUCUUUAAGAACUGGGCAUGGUCACCACAGCAGGCUCAAUUUAUUUUCAAAAAGAUUCAAGCAGCUUCAAAUAUAACUGAGCAUUCCAUUCACUCUUUGGGAAAUGUGGCCUGGGGUGCAGAUUGUGCUACUCUCCGAGAGCAAACAGCAGAUUUGGCGUUUCUGGAGCUGAUCCGUUUUCUCAGUGAGCUGCCUGGUGGAAUCAGACAAUCUCUGCGAAAAUGCAUUGUCAAGGAGCUAGAUCUCAGGCCAGGAAUAUCCCAGCGCGAUAUCCUCCUCAUGGGUCCGGAGAUGGUCAUCAAUUUACCCCUGAAAUUCUUCACCAGUUUUCCAAAUGACUCCAUACGAACCAUCCUGGAUCAUGUGACAAGACAUACCACCCGCCUGCUCACCCUGCUGCCUCAUAAACGCAGCUUUCUGGCAGAAAAGGCUCUGCAGCUUCUGGGGAUUGGGCCGAAUGAUGAAAUUUCAGGAGAGACUCUGGAUAGUCUGGGCCCCCUGGUCACCUUUAUUGAUGAAACAUUGAUCAAACAAAUCAACCCCCAGGAGCUGGUGCUACGGCUGGAUGAGGUCAAAGGUUACUGUAUCCCUGAGGAAAAUAAGAACGCGUUUGGUUGGAUGUUGACCAGGAGUGAGGUGCUGGGGGCUGCUCCUGGCUGGACUGUGCAGCAGAUGGAGUCCGUGGGGAGACUUGUCUUCAUUCUCUCACCUGAUGAUAUUCACAAACUACCAAAGGAGGUGCUGACAGCUGAAGUGAUGGAGCUGGUCCUCCUCAGUGAGGGCCGGUGGGGAGUGAGUGACAUCGGCAGGGUCUGUCAGGAGCAGCAGAGUCAGUCUGCACACACAGCCCUCCUCAGCAAGCGACUCAGCUUGGUAACCACGGCAAUCAAGAGCAUCACAAAGAAGCGAAGAGAUGGUAUCCCAAACUGCGUUGACAUCAGAGCCACUUUUCCAAUGGCCUGGAGCAGCAGUCAGCUCGCUGCUAUGGCUGACAAUGAAUUUGCCGACUGUUUGGAAAUUCUCACUCGCGAUCGGGAUCUGUCGGCAGAGCACCUGAAAAUCCUGCUCUCAAAGACCAAGCAGUUGUAUGGCUCUCUCAGAUUAAUGAAACUGUGGCAGCUCCUGCAGAUGGGCCGCGCUGUCACCCAGCUCAGUGAUCGAGAUUUUCAAAACCUGGAUCUCUCCGACUUGGCGGUUUUGGCCUUCCUGGGAGAGGUGGGCGAAUGGAGUGAAAAACAGAGAAGGGCAGGAUUUAGCAGCUUCCUCCGACGGAGCAGGCAGUCCGUGUCAGAGCUCGAUGCCACGUCCCUCACCGCACUGGGGCACUUGAUCUGUGGGAUGGCAGUCACUGAGAUCGAGAGGAUCAAUCCUGAGGAGUUCAGUAAGGCCGUCUUGUUCCUUGGGGGUUUGAAGCUGAGUUGCUCUGAAGCCCAGCUGGAGGCCCUCGCCCGUCUCACCACCCUGCCCCAGGCCUUUGGGCUGGUCAGCAACUGGGGCCCUGAAAUCUUCACCGAAAUUGGCUCCGUUGCAGCUGGACUACCUGACGUCACAUUGUCAUCGCUGGUGGAGCACCAGAUUGAAGGACUCACACCUUCAGCCAUCUCACUCAUCGUCCCGAGCAAAUUUGCAGUUGUAUUCAAUGCCGAUCAGCUGUCAUCCCUAAGCAGUGCCCAGGCAUCCGCUGUGACCAGCAAACAGUACGAGAAGCUGAGCCCAGAGCAGAGGCGAGCUGUCAGCACUGCACAGUAUGAUGGGGAGAUCCACCAGGAGCAGAGAGGCAAGAAUCAUGCAGGGCGGUCAGCCUGGCCCCAGGUGGCUACACUGUUCUUGGGUCUAUCUAUUACCUAUCACCUCGUGGAGAACUGAACCUGAACUCUCUCAGGUUGGAUUGACAUCGGUUUUAGAUCCUAGUAUUUUAUUUGUAUUUGAAAGUAAAUAAAAGUUGUGAUUAAAGAGUUCAAAA